GAAUCACUGAAUCAUUGAUGCAUUUCCGUUUCGCCGUCAUUUUUAUGUUUCUAGUUUUUGUAACAAUUUGGUAAUUUUCGUUUGCAACCGCUUAUAUUUCGUUUAUUGGUGCAUAAUAUUACAGUACAAUCUUAUUGGAAUUAUAAUAUUGUUUUGUGUCAAAAAAAGUAUUAAAAGAAACCAAUAUGUCUGGAGACCCAGAAGUCACUCAUACCCCCGAUGAGGAGACAGAGGAAGAAAUCAAGUCCACAUACAAACCUCCACCUGAGAAGACCAUUGAGGAGAUCCUAGCUGCUGACCAAGAAGAUGAGUCCUUAAGGAAGUACAAAGAAGCUCUUUUGGGGCAAGCGCAAGCAGGGACAGUUGUAGUUGAUGUGAAUGACCCGCGGAAGGUCAUAGUGAAGAAACUGGCUCUAUGCGUGACCGGACGGGACGACGUGGAGUUGGACCUCUCUGGUGAUCUGACAAAUCUUAAGAAGCAGGUGUUCGUGAUAAAGGAGGGUGUGCAGUACAAAAUAAGGAUCGACUUCAUCGUACAGCGGGAGAUAGUGCACGGUCUCAAAUACGUGCAGAAGACCUACCGAUUAGGAGUUCCAGUUGACAAGAUGACUCAUAUGGUGGGGUCUUACCCUCCCAAAACUGAGAUCCAAUCCUACACCACGCCGCCAGAGGACGCCCCAUCAGGCAUGGUGGCGCGGGGCUCCUACACCGUCAACAGCCUGUUCACCGACGAUGAUAAGAAUGUACACCUCCAGUGGGAAUGGUGCUUCGAGAUCAAGAAAGACUGGAAGGAUUAGAUUUGGCUGGUUGAAUAAAAAACUGGAUUGGACGUCCGAACCACACUUUCCUUAGUGUUUGAAUGUGCCAUAAAAAAAGUAAAUGUCAAUGUUUUGGCGCCAAAAUUUCUUAACUAUAUUUUAUUUGUAAUUGAAAUCAAUCUUUUUUUUAGUUUAAAAAAAGAAUAUGGUUCUAUUUUGUCAGAUAUUUACAGUUGCAAAUUAAUAUUACGAUGUUAAAUCAUUUAUAUAAUUCAAUAAAUAGAAUAUUUUCCUUGUUACUGUAUCAAUCAUAAUAAUAUGUAUGUGCUCAUACAAUACUAAUACAACACAUGGUCGUAGUUUCAUGUCCAAUCCAGUUGUUUGCGUCGGAAAUGGUGGCUGACUGAACAAAAAUAUAUCUAUAUUGACAAUUAGACAUAAGAGUCAUUAGUCGUAACCGUU